CAGGAUUUGCAGAAUUUUCCUCGUGUCCAAAUGAAGAUAAAACUUCAAAGGAGGGAUGAGGACGUUGAAAAACCUCCCUCUCUUCACAUAAGACUGGAGAAGAUAAGUUCGAGGAAAAACCGAUCCAGAGCAUAUGCACCACGCUUUCCCAAGAUAAAAGAUGAAGCAUGGUGGCUCGUACUUGGUAACACUGCUACGUUGGAACUGUAUGCUAUAAAGAGAGUUUCUUUCUCUGAUCGCCUGGUCACAACCAUGCAGUUGCCUCCAAAAAGAACUGAUUUCCAGGUUCAAGUUCUCACCAGUAACUAAAGUUCCUGUGUUCCCCUCAU